GUAAGUCUUUUGUGUGUUUCCUUGUAUUUCUUGAAUGAAAAGAAUUCGCUUCACUAAAAUCUUGAGCUAAAAUCCAUAAUAACAAAAGUUUGGAGUUUUUAUUUGGUGUACCGUUAAAGCCAGUAAAUACUAUUCUUUAAGCUUAAAAUUAAAGAGAAAAGAAACAUUAUAAGUUUUUUUUGCUGGGAUUGUUUGAACAUUAGUUACUGUGAACAAAGCAUAGGUGGUGAGGUUUAAUGAGUUUGCGGUAACGCUGGUGGUAGUGACCCAUUUUUUUUUAAAUCCUAAUGCAGGAAGAAUCUCAAGGGAGUCUAGAAUGCUAAGCGAAGGGCUGACGUUAGAUAGCAUAAUAGCAAGACUGUCCAACGACAAAAAAUAUUUGAAUGGCGGUGACAAAAAAUCGGAACACAUAUUAUUGGUAUCACAAACAAAUAACGCUUGUUUAUCCUUAUCUUCAGAUGAAGAGGCAGACAAUGGUGCAGAACCAGAUUUACAUCAAUGUGGCCAUUGUAAACUAAUGUUUGAUAGUCUUCGGAAGUAUUUUCUUCAUAAACUUCAAAAAGCCUGUUGGGAGAAAAAAAACUUAGAUGACGUAUGGAACGAAAGUAGUACGUCUGCUUCACCGUCUAUAUCAGAUACAAAAGAUGACAAUGAAGAAGAAGAAAAAGAAAAUACAGAUCAACCUCAUUACAUUGAUGCUAAAAGCAUGCAAAAUGGACAACCUAAAAGUGAUUUUAUAUUUAGAAAAAACCGUAAAGGAGUAGUUCGACGUAUUAAACCUGCAAAAGAAUGCGAAGAUGUAAAUAGUGAUAGUAAAUUUUAUCAAAAAUGUACAAAAAUAUGUGUUAUUGAUUCCUCCAAUCAAAAAACUGAAAAUUAUCCAAGCAAAAAAGACUUAAUCAAAGAUGAAAACAAAUCUGAUAGCACAGAUUUAAAAUUAUCCCUUUUAUUUGAGAAAUCAGAUAAAAGUUAUAAUGAUAAUCCCAGCAUACAAUUUGAUCAAGUACCAUCCAGGGUACCUCCUAUCAUUACCACAAGUACGGUCACAGAGAACAAAAAUUCGAAGCAACCAUUUCUGAACUGUAAACUCCCAUUUGAUUAUUCGUAUAAUACGUUUUUAAGAAAAAAGCAAGAAUUGGAAAAAAAUGACGAUAUAAAAAAUGAUGAUGACUCUGAACUAUCUUUUCAAAAAAAUAAACCGGCUAGUAACUUGUUUACAGAAAAGGAUAAUACAAUAUCCACAAGCUCGUUAUCUGGGAAUAAAAACUCUAAAUCCUUUAUCGUUGGUUCUUUUAAUGCAGAUGAUAAAAGCUCUGUUUCAGAAAUUAAACCAGUAAAAAAUAAAAGUUCUUCUUUAAUAGGCUACGGGUAUUUUAAACAAGAAAAUACAGAUGAUGAAGAGGAAAUUUUAAAUAAAAAUAAAAACGAUUGUUCAAAUAGUUAUCAUAAUGCGGCUUUGUCAAUGUCUGAAGAUAUAAAAGAAAAAGAAGCUGUAAGUCCGACGACGAUAGAAGAAGGUAGUGUCCAUAGCAACGAAGACUUUGAUGAAUCAUAUAAAGCUCUUUCAAUGUGCGAUAAAGCUGAUUCAUCCCAGUCAGGCGAACCUUCAUGGAAACACGCAAAGCAAGUCUAUCGUUGUCCUUUAUGUGCUAAAGUUUUUCCUUUUAAAAGCAAACUGCAACGUCAUGUUUUAGUUCAUACAGGAAUUAAACCAUAUAAGUGCACAGUGUGCGGGAGAGGAUUUACUCAGCAAAUCGAUUUACAACGACAUCUCACACGGCAUACAGGAGAAAAACCGUUCAAAUGUCAUUUGUGUAAAGCCCAAUUUAUACGAGCAGACAACUUACGCAAGCAUUGCAAAGACUCUCAUUAUGUCAGCAUUGAUGAGCCAAUAAGAAAAAGACGUAGAAAGACAACAGGUAGUGACACUGUGUUGCCGCCAUUAGAGGUGGCUAUCGCAAUGGCACUUAGUGAAACAGAAAAAAAUGGUGGCAGAGUUCUUGGAAGAUUAAAUACAAAACCUUCGAUGCGUGUUUCUAGCUCUAUAAAAUUGGGCGCAAUAUACCAAUCUAAUCAACCGCAUGAAACUUUUUCUCAUUCUCCGUAUUCCAGUAUUCAUAAAGAACACGAUGAUACAGAUAUUGUUUGUGUAUCACCUUCUAAAGGAGAGUCUGGAAGUUCCACAACAGAUCCAAGAUUCAAAACUGAAGAAGAUUCUAGAUUAAGUAGCGCUUCUCCAUAUCAAAGACAAAAAAGAGGUUAUGAAGAUGAUGCAAAAUAUUUAGACGAUCGUCGUUAUGGAAAUCUUGAAAAAAAUGAUACUUCUAAUAACGGUUAUUCUUUUAGAAAUUCUACAGAAAUCAAUGACGAUGUUUUGUUUACAUCUCGUCAAAGAACAUAUAACAAAGACAAGUGUUCGUACGAUUCGAUAAACUGUGAAAGAAAGCAAUUCACUAAAGCAAGAAGCACAGAAAAUCGGCAAUUUGAUGAUUUUUAUCAACGACACAGUUUGUUAGAUGAACGGGAAAUAAGAACAAGAUACAAUUCAUCUCCAAAUUUUAGUAAGCAAAAUAAAAACGAUUCCAUCUUUUUAAACGAAAAAACACAUUCCAAUAUAUCAUCAUCUCCAAGAUUUUUUGAUUCUGAUAAUAUGAAGCAAAAUCUUUCACCAUCUUGUUCUGACAAUGCUAAAUCACAUCAAAUACUUUUUAGAGACAAACCUAGCGUAAGCUAUGGUGAUUAUUUUCCGCCAGCAAGCAGCUCUCCAAACUCAAACAGUCAUGAAGAUCGAGCUAAAACAAUGCAUUUUCAAGAAAUAUAUAAUCGAAAAACUGCGUACGGUAAAUUAUCUCUCAUAGAUUUUAAAUACUCCAACGAUCAUCGCGAUAUUACUUCUAACAAAAUAUCUAGACAUACUUUAGAAAAUAAUUUCGUUCGUGGCGGGGAGAGAAAUAGUCCAUAUAGGACGAAAUUCAAUUUAAAUGAAGUUGAAAAUGUAUUUGUUGAGGAUCAAGAGACACCGAUUGUCCAUCCAAGCGAUCAGGGUCAAACAUGAUUCUGUGUAAAUGGAGGUUUUAUAUUUAAAUGUGCAUAAAAUACAUGUUACACAAUAAGUUAUUUGUUACUUGCAUGCUAAAUUAUACUGCGCCGGCUAAAUUAUAUUACGCAAAGCUAAAUUAUUACGAAACUUUUGCUAUAAAUUGUAUGUUAUUUAAUGUAUGUGUUAUAUAAAUGCGUUUUUUUCUAAAUAUAUUUAUUUGAUAGAA